AUGGAGCCUUGCAAAGUGAAAAUUGUUCGCGUAACUGAUGUUGAUACGAGGAGCUCCAAAAUCUUAGGUCUUAUGACUCUUACCUACUCGUGUAGGGCCACGAUCUAUAAACAAGCAAGCGAGCUGGCUACACUGCGUCGAGCUGAGAUUGGGAUCGUGAUGUUCUCACCUACAGGAACGCCCUUCUCAUUUGGGACUCCGACAAUUGGCGCGUUGGUGGAGCGAUACCUCAAGAGGAACAUCCGUGGGAAGCUGCAUGAUGAUGGUAGUAUGCAACCGAUCCUGGAAGCCAAUAAGAGGACAAGGAUCGACGAACUAGGAGAAAUCCUGAACGAGACUCUCUCCCAAUUAGAGGCCGAGAAGAAGCGUGGGAAGUCACUUCAGCGGUUAAUCAAGGCGUCCCAGACAGCGAAUGCAGCAAGAGGCGAAGUUAGCUGGAGGGAUGCUAAGAUUGGAGCACUCAGCAUGCCGCAACUCGAGCGAGUACCAUCGUCCAUGGAGCGAUUUUAUGGUGAUCUUAUGAACCAUAUGAAGCAAGGCAGCAAUGACGGCCAACACAAUAAUAAUGAUAAUGAUAACGUGGUUGCUUCCACGGACUCCUUAUUGGAAGUCAUGAAUUUCGACGAUGAAGUUAGUGACUUUGAGAUCGGAAAUGAGGCAUCUACGGGAUGA